AUGGCUGAAGUGAGAGAUGGCAAUCCUACCAAUUGUCAUGAGAUGUUCCGCAUGACACUAGAUUUAUUCUAUUACUUGGUUAAGGAGCUGAAACAUUAUGGGUACUUGAAGGAAGGGAAGGGGCGUGUUGAUGUGCAAGAGGCAGUGGCCAUAUUCUUGUAUACUGUUGGGCAUAAUACUCGGAUGCGGCCUGUGGCAGACAGAUUUCAGCAUUCCACUGAAACUGUGGAUUGCAAGUUCCGUAGGGUUUUGCGAGCUGUCCACACAUGGGGCCAACAUUUAAUCAAGCCGGAUCCGAAUGUGGUAGGCCUUCCAGAGCAUUUGCGGGGGAACAAUAAGUAUGACCCUUGGUUUGAGAGAAGCAUAGGAGCUAUUGACGGAACACAUGUUAGUUCUCGGCCUUCAGCGAUAAGACUCCGGACUCAUAGGAGUCGCAAGAGCACUGUUACAACCAACGUCAUGUGUGCAUGUGACCAUGACAUGCGGUUUACGUAUGUCCAUGGUGGUUGGGAGGGAAGCGCCAACGACUCCAGGGUGUUUGAAGAAGCUAUUAAAGACCCAAAGCAUGGCUUCCCAUGGCCACCGGAAGGUUCCUAUUACUUGGUUGAUUCGGGGUAUCCCAUUGGUGCAUCGUUCCUUCCACCACAUAAGGCCACCCGAUAUCAUGCUCAAGAAUUCAGGAGGAGGAGUACUAGGCAACCAAAAUCGGGGAAAGAGUUGUUUAAUUAUAGACACUCUUCAUUGCGUAUGGUGAUUGAGAGGUGUUUUGGAGUCUUGAAGGCUCGCUUUCCCAUCUUGAGCAACAUGGCGAAGUAUAAGCAAUAUCGUCAGCGUUUAGUUGUUUCUGCGUGUUGUGCGUUACAUAAUUUCAUACGCAUCAAUAAUCGAAGGGAUGUUCUGUUUAACACGUGGGAGAACCUUGGUAGGGAUGAUAUGCAAACCGAAAACAAUGGGAACUCUCCUAAGUCGAGUGCAAAUGUCGAAAGAAGACAUGUGAGGGAGAUGUCUAAUGCAUCGAAGAGAGCAAUGGGUGAAUUUAGGGAUGAUAUAACUGACCGUAUGUGGGAGGAGUACGUGCGACGUCGACGUUAG